ACAAAAUAAUCCAUUUUUGUUUGUUAUCAAGUGAUGGGCCAGUUUAAGCUUGUUUGUUUGUUUGCUGAUAAUUAUAAUUUAUGAUCCCUACUUUUAAUUUUCAUGUAAACCCAUCUCGUGAACCUCUAUACAGUCUGGCUUCACAUGACACACCUAAAACAAAGAGAACUUUUGAUGCUAUACUAAACUAAUGCAAAAUAUUUCUAACACAUGACUACGAACUCUAUAAAUUAACAUUCAUACAAGAGAGCAUGAUGAACUAGACCUAGCCAAUUCACUACUUUUGAGUUCUAACUGGUUGAGGAUAGUAUGGCUCAGACUAGUGGCAAAGCUUUGGUCCAGUGGCUGGUGGCAGCUCUGCUCAUUGCCUUGUUGUGUGUUGCCCAGGCUGUUGUGAUAUGUAACGUGGAAACAUCUAGGCUGAACUUGUGCCGUGCAGCAAUUACUGGGAGAUACCCACCACCGCCCUCUAGGAGAUGUUGUGCAGUCAUUAAGCAGGCCAAUCUGCCCUGUCUUUGCAGUUACAAGUCUCUAUUGCCUGCAGCUGGAAUCGACCCCAAAAAUGCCUUGGCCUUGCCUGGUAAAUGUGGGCUGAGAACACCUCGUAGAUGCUGAGG